AGUUGACCUACCAGAGUCUGCCAAGUGAUUGAUGUUGGCAAGAUAUGCUUCUCGCACGAGUCGCAGCCUGGGUAGGACACAGAGGCAACUGCUCUCUGCUUCGUCCCCGCACAGAACUAUCACCAGCUUGGACACCCUCGCGGACGGCUUCUUAGACCUCGCAACAGCCUUGCCAAUACCACCGUCCUGGCCCCCUUAUUCGACUGCCAUCAUAUUGUGCACAGUGCUCUCGCGACUUGUUCUGACGGUCCCCUUCUCAAUAUGGGCCAAGCGGCGACAGUGGCGAGCUGAGGAGGCGGUCAUGCCCAUCAUGCGUUCCAUGGCGCCCCAGGUCGCCAGAAGUGUAUCCGAAGAAAUGACGAGAGAGAGGGUGCAUGGUACAAAGGAGCAAAUUCAGGCCAUACAUAGCAAGAGAGUGAAAGAAAUCUUGACGAAACAGCGGAAGCUACUGUUUGCAGAGCAUCGGUGUCAACCGGCAGUGACAAUGCUCAUUCCUCCUGUCACGCAGCUUCCUAUCUUCGUGGGCCUUUCAAUCCUUUUCUCUCGCCUAUCACAGGCUCCAACGCCCUUCGAUUCCGAAUCCUUCUUCUCUCUGUCUACCCUUACGCACGCGGAUCCGACGGGGGCCUUGCCUAUCGCACUUGGUUUCAUCACCCUAGCCAAUGUAGAGAGCUCUCGCUGGUUUAUGACAGAUACUCAACUUAAGCGCGAGGAACAAGUUCAGCAGUGGAAAGAACAGCGGAUCGCACGGGGUGAAACCGUUCUUGAACCUCAAAAGAUUGUCAAAUCAUCUCUCAGGUUGGUUUCCGUUGGGCGAAUCGUUGUCGCGUCCAUGGUCCCCGGGAGUGUUGUUCUGUACUGGGUAACAUCAGCUGCCUUCGGAUUGGUUCAGACGUGGAUGCUCGACUACUGGGAACUUAGGAGAAAACGGAACUUGGAAACCCGUCCAUUGCAGAUGUCUCUGGGUGGAGCUUUGGGCCAUGGCCAUCGGUAUGUUGACUAGUCCCUAUACGCCCGCCUUAAUCUUCGUGGGGAGAUGAGAAACUGGUCAGGAGGGAACCCACGCUAAGCGAAUGGGUGCCCGUUGAAUUCGUCUUGAUCUAAUCUGAGCUCAUUGGAUUGAUUUCUGUCCAUUUACCAAUUACUGAAUCCUUCCGCCUUUAAGGUCGACAAUUUCGAAAAAACCUCAACCACACAGUCGUACAAGAGGGCAUCGAAGGUAGCCACGUAACGCAUGUUGGGUGUUCUAAUCGUUCAGCUCUAGAAAUCCACCGUCUGGAUAAAUUACACAUACCGUAUAUCAUUUGCGUCAGCCUCUCAUUUACUUUUAGGAUCUAGAUGAUUCGAUGAUAGUGUAACCAGCUGAGAUCAUAGGUGUGAGUUAUUGGUCAAGGUCAAGUCUAAUAGAGGCAGAAUGGCAAGGACUAGCAAUGACAAAAGGCGA